AGGAAAAGAAAAAAGAAUUAGUUUGCAGUCAGAAAAUAUGUCGAUUGUGUAUGCAGCCAGUAGAAAGUGAGUUCAGGUGCAUACGUGAAUUGGAACUUGAAGCUAUUGAGAAAUUGGCUCCUGAAAUGAAUAUGAAUAUCAUCAAAGAUCCCGUUGUUUGUAAGCCAUGCUUGGAUUCUCUGUGUACUCACAACAGUUUCCUAAAAGAUUGCUUAGACGUAGAGGAAAAAGUUGAAAAUACUUUUGAUUCUUCAGCCACAGAAAGUCAAAUAGAUACGUCUCCACUUGAUUUAUUCGUUAAGACUGAAAACUUGGACAAGGAAUUCAAUAUUAACGAGAUGGAAAUGCCCAUCAAAGUUGAAAGUAUCAACAUAAAAUCGGAAGAUGAGGAAAUGAGCGACAUGCGACUGCAGAGCUCCGAUAUCAUAGCGUUCGAGGAGUGUGUCUGUAAAGCUGAAGAAGAGGAUGUAUGUAAACAUGAAAAUGGAUCAGAAGUCAAAACGCACCGCAAAGUAUCGUACAAAUGUGAUAAAUGUAUUUACGAAACUGGAAGUGAGGUCCGUUUUACGGCACACUGUGCGAGACACGAGAACGAUUCGGAAUUGUAUAAAUGUGAAUCGUGUGAGUAUAAAACCGAAAAUGAGAAAUUACUUCAGAGGCACCUGUUGGGGCAUAAAGAUCCUUUGCAGAUUCAAAUGUACAGAUGUAACGAUUGCGAUUAUGAAGCAAGGUACAACAGUCAUUUCAAACAGCACCAACUGAAACAUAAAGAUCCUUCACAGGUUCAAACAUACAGGUGUACUUAUUGCGAUUACGAAUCUAAAUACAAGUGUGCUGUCACAGGUCACGAACUGAAACAUAAAGAUCCUUCACAGGUCCAAACAUACAGGUGUAAUGAUUGCGAUUACGAAUCUAAAUACAAAUGUGCUGUCAAAAGUCACCAACUGAAACAUAAAGAUCCUUCACAGGUUCAAACAUACAGGUGUAAUGAUUGCGAUUAUGAAACUAAAUUCAAGAAUGCUGUCAAAAAGCACAAAUUGAAACAUAAACAUCCUUCACAGGUUCAAAUGUACGAGUGUGACAGCUGCACAUAUGAAACUAAAUACAAGAGAAAUAUCAAACUGCACCAACUGAAGCAUAAAGAUCCUUCGCAGGUUCAAAUGUACAGGUGUAAAGACUGCGAUUAUGAAACUAAAUACAAGAGAUGUAUCAAAAAGCAUCAAUUGAUACAUAAAGAUCCUUCACAGGUGAAAAUGUAUAGUUGCAAUGACUGCGAUUACAAAACUAAGUACAAGGGCGAUAUGAAACCGCAUCAGCUGAAGCAUAAAGAUCCUUCGCAGGUUCAAAUGUACAGGUGUAACGACUGCGAUUUUGAAACAAAAUACAGGAGGACUAUCGGACGUCACAUGUUGAAACAUAAAAAGUCUUCAUGAAUGCAAGUGUACGGGUGUACUUUGCUAACAAUCCAGCAAAAGAAGUGUUUGAGGAGACCUGAAUUGAUUCACAAAAAAAGGUAUGCACAUGUGAAUUAUUACCUUUCGUUGGUUGUGUAAAGAGCUACAAGAGUGAAUAUGACACCAAUUAUAAAUAUGUGGAUACGAAGGAAAAUGUAACCUUUGUCUUGAAAUACAUCGGUUGAAACACGAAAACCUGACCAAAACGGAGGGCGACAAGUGAUUUUGGACUAGCACCUGUAGAAUUCGCUAAUACCUGGUUAUGUCCACACUGUCCGUUUCUCGCAAUGUGAUAGUCUGCUAAGCGUGUCCAUUAAUUUUAAACAGUGUUAUUGUCAACUGUGUAGAACAUGUAAUUAAUUAAUUGAAGGGUUUAAUAAAA